CCUCCUCCUCCUCCCAGCGAGCCCUGAUGAUUUCAGGUUGCUUGGCAUUAUCUCCUGCGGGCAGUUGGCGUCCACAGCGUGUGUCAGCACAGCCCGGCACACGUUCGGUUUCACAACGUGCUGCCUGCAGAAAGCGCUGGCUCCCUGGAGGGAUCGGCUGUGGUUUCGUAUUUCAUUUCCCUCGCAUGCUACACCCGAAUUCCAGACACUUUCUGGCUUCUGUGCUGCAUGGACUCAGAGCACAGGUCCUUUGCCGUACCCAGCGGAGGCAGACGGCGCUUCCCUCGGCUCCAGGGAGCGGACCAUGAAGACGUCAAUUGUAUUUUUGCUUUGCGUCUCAGUUUUCCCAGGCUUUUCCCAGGGCAGAGUUGUUGGAGAGGAUGAAGCUGGUUUUGCUGAGUGUAAUGUGUUCUUCCCUGGACAAGUCCCACCCGAGGGAUUUACGAAGCCGUUCCACGUGAAAAUCUGUCAGCAGUACAACAAAGAGCCGCGCUUUGCAACCCUCUACAGUACUAAGGACAAAAUCCCACUUUAUUCAGCUUUUAAGUAUACAAAGUCAGCCCAAAAUGAGGAGGAGAACUGGCUGGUUGAACCCCAGAUAGACGAUCCAGAAAAUGACCUGCAUGAGAUGGUGCAUGAAGCCAAUAUUGUUGGCACUGUGGCCAACCUUGGUGCAAAUCAAGCCCUGACCUCAGACUAUGUGGGUUCUGGUUAUGAGAGAGGGCUGCUCAAUCCCAGCUUGAUCAAUGAGGAGGAUUUCCAGGUGGCCACUUACACACUGACGAACGCCGUGCCUCUGAGCCCUUCUCUGAGCAGAAGCUGGCACAGAGAUAUUGGGGGGGUAGUGGAGCAAGCUCUGGUCCCUCACUGUUCCAAGAAGGAUCAGCUGUAUCUCCUUGCAGGUGCAAUUCCGUCCAGUAUCCGAGUUAAAGGCAAGGUGUCAGUGCCAGAGACCCUCUGGCUGGCAGCCUGCUGUGAUGCUCCAGAGGGGUGGUCCCUAGGACUAGUGAAAAACAUAAAUGAUGAAAACAGCUUGGUGGACCUCACGGUGGGAGAACUGGAGAAGCAGCUUCUAGCAGGAGUUCACUUGUUCAAGGGCAAAUGUGGGGAAGACAGCCAAAGCCACGGGAAAACAGAAGCAAUACUGCAAGCUGUCAGUCAGAUCCGCUCUGGAGAGCAAGUAGGAACAAGCGACAACCAGGAGGCCAAAGACAGCGGCUUGGUGAGAAAAGUGGCUGGCAUCAUUGCUACCCCUUUCAUCAAAAUUCUGGAACUCCUCAUCUACGUGUUUGUGGAGCUGGUGAAAUUUGUGUUUUAUUUUCUGUGGCUUGUAAUCAAGCGGGUUGGUGGUACAGUUCUGGAUGGAGUCUGUAGCCUGUGGAACAGUGUGGUGUCCUACGUUAAAGCCAUCAGCAUGGUGCUCAUCAGCAUCCCCUAUGAUGUGGGGAGGGUCAUCGUCAACAUCUUCCUGGGCUUCCUGCAAAUUGUUCAAGAUGUGGCAUCCCUCACCUACAGGAUUCUGCGCAUCCCUGUGGGGUUUGUCCUUCACCUCGCUGCUUUCCCUUACCACUCCAUCUGUGCCAUUCCCUCUGUCCUCAGAGACGUGGCCACUGGGAUCGGGGGCACCUUCUCGCUGGUCAUCGAUGCCACAGCUGCACUUCUGCAUGGCUUUUGUUACCUGGCUGGUCACAUAGUCAAACGGUUUGUCCCUAAAGGCUCCUCUGAUGACUGAUAGGGAUGGAAACUAAGGCUGCAAAGACACGGAGUGAAGGAGGAGCGGGACAAUGCUUUAAAAUACAUGGCCAAAUGCUGUCAAUUUUGUUCCGGUAUUUAUUGUAAUGACAUUAAUAGUAAUGAAUCAACAGGGGAGUAAGAGGGAGGGCUGAGGUAACGUUGUCAGGGGCUACCACCAUUGUAACUUAAGUUCUGUGUGUUGUAAAGUGUUCAGGUUUUAACGGUGCAGGCCACAAAAUUUCUGUGAUUUGCAGCUAUCAAGGUCCUGCCUCUGGGAGAGGUGCCCUAAAUGUGGUACAAGGUUAUUUCUUUCCAGCUAUGAUAACACUGAGACCUAUGCACUGGCCGUGAGUUCUGCAGAAGCUCAUCCCUGCCAAGGAAGAGGUGGCGGUCAGGGUAGGAUUUUAGUUACAAAAGGUUUUGUGAGACCUGGAGAAAGUAGAAGGAGGAGUGGGUGCAAAUAUUUGGGGUUGGGAAACAGCGGGGAGUGGGACAGGAUGGGGGCAAGGUCCUGCUGUUGGCUGCACUGCUCAUUGCACUGGGCUCCCACUGGUGCAGGGGAUGUGAUCGAGUGUACCUGGUAGUCCUCAGGCCUUUCCAGGCAGCUGGAAUUGUGCAGAUCUUGCUUUGAGGAAAGACCCGCUGCCCCUUCUUUUGCUUUGUGGAAAAAUAUUUUCCCUUAGCCAUACCAAGGUCAUCUUCCCCCAACCUUUUCUUGCUCUCUGGUGACCACUGAAGGUCUAAGCCCUGAAGCUUCAAGAUGUGGCAUUCCCUGAAGGUCUAAGCCCCUGAAUGUCUCAGCCCUGAAACCCUUGUUCCUGCUCUGAAGCCCAGCAGCACCCAGGAGUCACACUUUUGGCUUUUAAUCAUCUGCCAUCCUGCUCUGCCUCCCUUGAGAGCUGACAGCUCCCCAAGCACCCAGCAAUAUUUAUGUGCCUAAGGUUUCUACGAGACAAUGUCUGGGCUGGUGAUGGGUAGCACCACAGCCGUCCUUCUGAGGCUUGUUUUGAAAGCUCACCUCCCUGGGGAAAAAUUGUGCUGCUGGGUUUCCCUCUAGGGCAAAAGAAAAGCAGCUCUGCCAUUACCACUGCUCUGGGUUGAUGGCAGGGAUGUCCUUACAGAAAAGGGACACGGGAGAGGAGAUGCAUGGGGAGCAUGGAGGGGAUUGUGCUGCUUUCACACGGGGCGAUUUCAUGUUUUCAUAGCCCCUACCUGGAGGCAGAGUCAGAGCUGGGCAGUUGCCAGCCCUGGGCAGGGCAGGUGGGUCCCCUCGGUGCUGUGCUGGGAGUGAAGCUGGCCCGAGGGAUGUCAGGGAAGGUAGUCCUGCAACUGGGAGAGAAAAGGUAGAGGGGAUAGGAUACUUGUGGCAAGUUACUUGCACUUGGAGAUCCUGGCAGCACUCAUGGAAGAGGCCUCUGCCACCCACGAGAGGAAGAGGGGUUGCAUGGCUGUUGCAACUGCAGGAACCAGCAUGGCCAAUCUCAACCUGAGCCCUAACAGCAAAGCUUUUGGCUGGGCAUUUCCCCUCUUCAGGUGAUUUUGGAAACCUGGAGGAGGGAAAAAGCAGUUGUGUUGCCGCUGUCUCCCAUGGGGACUAUGGAUUGUCAGGUGAGAGGAGAGGCAGGAGGGGGAUCUGGGGUGCAGCGCUCAUUUUGCUGUGCAGAUACCGACCUAGUGAGCCCAUGCAUAAGCAGACACGUUUAUGUUGGAGGAGGACCCAACCGCUCUUCUGCACUGCUGGUUCUCUCUGCUUGCUCUUCACCCCUUCUCCCCACCACCAUGAGCCAGGACCCCCAAUAUCUGGGACACUGGAGCCAGAGUGCAUGUGAGGGCUUUGCAGGGGACCAUCAGGGGUUUGCAGCUGGACGAGGGGCUGUUGUGGUUUAACCCCAGUCAGCAGCAAAGCCCCACACAGCUGCUCUCUCACUCCUCCCUGGUGGGAUGGGGGAGAGAAUCAGAAGAGUAAAAGUGGGAAAACUCAUGGGUUGAGAUAAAGACAGUUUAAUAGGUAGAGCAAAAGCCACGUACGCAAAUAAAGCAAAACUAGUAAUUCCUUCACUACUUCCAUUGUCAGGCAGGUGCUCAGUCACCUCCAGGAAAGCAGGGCUCCAUCAUGCAUAACAGUCACUUGGGAAGACAAACGCCAUCACUCCGAAUGUCCCUCACUUCCUUCUUCUUCCCCCUGCUUUAUAUGCUGACCAUGACAUUAUAUGGUGUGGGAUGUCCCUUGGGUCAGUUGGGGUCAGCUGUCCCAGCUGUGUCCUCUCUCAACUUCUUCUUCACCCCCAGCCUAUUCACUGGUGGGGUGGGGUGAGAAGCAGAAAAGCUUGACUCUGUGUAAGCACUGCUCAGCAAUAACUAAAACAUCCUUGAAUUAUUAACAGUUUCCAGCACAAAUACAGAUCUUAGCCCCAUACUACCUGCUAUGAAGAAAAUGAACUCUACCCUGACCAAAACCAGCACAGGGGCACAGGGACACCCGUUGCUGCUGGACGAGAGCACAGGGGUGCUGCACUUCCCUGGGGCUUGGCCCACGAGGAGCUUUGGAUCUCCUGGUGCAAUUGCCUGCAGGAGGGAGGCUCUCAGUCUCAGCAACGUUUGCUCUGGCUGGAU